GUUGUUCAUUAACCCAUUGAAGACAGGUGGAGCAGUCGGAAUCAGGAGCCAGAACUGAUGUCAUUGGAACAAAACACUUAAAAACAGAUUUCUUUUUUCUUUUUCUUUCAUCCACCUUUUUUUUUUUUAAUUUGAAGAAAGUGUUUCCAGUAAAAACCUCAGAGAAAAUCUCGCUUGGUCCAACCUGGAUGCUGGAUGGUAAAUCAAGAGGCAGAGUAACUUCUGCUUAGUCACUCAGAGGCUUCGUUCACUUCUGCUUUUGGAUAUUUCCUCUUGAUGGAACGGAUUAAAUCUGGUAAACCAAGAUAAAAAAAAUUGCUUCUAGUUUAUUCGAACCGACUUUUUCAUCACUGACAUGUAGAAAGUGGAGAAAUCACAGAUUUUUCAGUUACAAGGAAAAGUGUCCAAGAUCAGGAAUGCAUCGCUGGCAUUGUUUUCUCCACCUGGGAGGGCUGAUAAUGGUGGCGAUGGCCAACAAAAUGCUGGACGAAUGUUUGAAGUCAAACCCCAAGUACACCAUGAAUGUGGUGCUGCUGGAGGACAACACCUACGAGUGGAGUCGUCCGUUUGUGCAGAAAGCUGUGGAACACGCCAUCGAAAAGGACAAACAGGAGAACAUCAACAACAACUUGACUUUCACAUUGUCUGCAAACUACAACUGGUUCAACACCACCGUGUACAACAGGCAGGGCUGUGGGAGCAGCACGUGUGAAGGCGUGGCGAUACUCAAGAUGCUGCACAGCAUGGGAGAGGUAGGAUGUGUUAUGCUGGGCCCUUCCUGUACUUUUGCCACCUUCCAGUUAGUAGAUGAAGUCAUCGGCUUGAGCCUGAGCAUUCCUAUCAUCUCUGCUGGGAGCUUUGGCCUCUCGUGUGACUACAAACCAAAACUCACUCGCCUUUUACCUCCAGCCCGAAAGCUCACUGACUUAUUCCUGAACUUUAAGAAUGAAGAACUGCCAUUUAAGCCGAAGUGGGAACAUUUCUAUGUCUACAAAAAGGCUAGCAAUACAACUGAGGACUGCUACUGGUACAUCAAUGCAUUUGAAGCACCUUCUGCCAGGUUUGCUUCAAAUUUAGACAGAGAGAUGCUGCGCGGCGAGGACGACCUGAAGAAGGUCCUGCAGGCUUCAAAGAGAAAAAGCAACAUUUUCAUUUUGUGUGGGGGCAUUGGUGACAUUAUUUCAAUCAAACAGAAGGUGCACCAGAUCCACCCCGACACCUUGUUCAUCCUCCUGGAUCUUUACAAUCCUGAUUAUUAUGUGAACUCAACAUCCACUGAGGAAAUGCGGGACGUGCUGGUGGUCACUCUGCCUCAGAGGAACUUCAGCCGUGGGUCAAACUUGUCAUACAAUGACACGAUCAAUGACUAUGUGGCUGGAUAUCACGAUGGGGCGCUGCUGUUUGGUAAAGUGCUCAGACAGAGGAUGCUCGGCCAGCUACGCAAUGAGGACUCAGUCUUCGUGCCUCUGGGUGACAACCCUUUUGGAAACCAGUCUUUAGAUGGAAUGGGAGGCCACUAUGAGCUCGACGAGUACGGUGACAGAGACAUCAACUUAUCGUUCAUCUACACAUCAACUCACACUGGCAAGUACGAAACUCUGCUAGUGUUUGAUACAUCACAAAAUAAAACCAUAGCAACACAUCCAAGCCCUGCCCUGCCCUGGAAAGGAGGCAAACUUCCCAAAGACGAGCCAGAAAUAUCUAAUCAAAUAUCUACACAGGAUAUCAUUGUGAUUGUUUUGGGUGUUAGCGUUGUCGUGGUAACAGCCAUCGCUCUCAUCUUCUACAGGCAAAACAGGAAGGAGCGUCUUAUGCAGAAGAAGUGGUCCCACAUCGAUCCGCAUCUGAUUGGACCUCUUGAUGAGAGGGAGGUCUCGUUGAGGAUUGAUGAAGUUAAAAGGAGAGACAGUACCUACCUAACUCACAGAGGCUGCUAUGAUAAGAAGCCUGUCAUCCUGAAAGAGCUGAUACACACUGAUGAAGAUUUCUCUGCAGAGCAGAAAACUGAGCUAAACACUCUGCUGAGGAUUGAUUACUACAACCUGACCAAGUUUUAUGGCACCGUGAAGUUUGAGUACGGCGUGUUUGGGGUGUUUGAGCUGUGCCAGAGAGGCUCCCUCAGGUUUUUUCCCCAGUACAUUCUCAGUGACAGGAUAUCCUACCCAGAUGAGACCUUCAUGGACAUGGAGUAUAAGAUAUCGGUCAUGUAUGACAUAGCAAAGGGCAUGUCGUACCUUCACUCAAGUAACAUUCAGAUCCACGGUCGUCUGAAGUCUACUAACUGUGUGGUUGAUAACCGCAUGGUGGUCAAGAUCACAGACUUUGGCUGCCACACCUUACUGAAGCCAGGCAGAGAUCUGUGGACAGCCCCGGAGCAUCUUCGUAAAAAUGAUGUGUCACAGAAAGGCGAUGUCUACAGCUACGGAAUCAUCGCCCAUGAGAUCAUCCUGAGGCAAACCCCGUUUUAUACGCAAUGCUGCUCUAAUACUAUAGAGAAAAUGCACAGAGUGCAGUUUCCCAGAGACAACACUUUCUUCAGACCUGAUCUUAACUUUGAAGGUGCAUCAGACCGAGAGGUCGAGUUGUACAUGCUGAUAAAGAACUGUUGGGAUGAAGACCCUGAGCGGAGGCCGGAUUUCAAGAAAAUUGAGUUAACGCUUGGAAAGAUUUUCAGUAACUUGCACAACCAGGCCACUGAGACGUACAUGGACAACCUGAUCCGACGUCUGCAGAUGUACUCCAGGACUCUGGAGCGUUUGGUGGAAGAGAGAACCGCUCUGUACAAAGCAGAGAGGGACCGAGCAGAUCGCCUUAACUUCAUGUUGCUGCCUGGUCCCGUGGUUCGCUCCCUGAAGGAGACGGGCAGAGUAGAGCCUGAGCUUUUCAAGCAGGUGACCAUCUAUUUUAGCGACAUUGUGGGUUUCACCACGCUCUGCCACUACAGCACCCCCAUGGAGGUCGUGGACAUGCUGAACGACAUCUACAACAACUUUGACAGCAUACUGGACCAUCAUGACGUCUACAAGGUUGAGACAAUAGGAGAUGCCUACAUGGUUGCAUCAGGUCUGCCCAAACGUAAUGGAGACAGACACGCGGUGGACAUUGCCCACAUGGCCUUGGACAUCCUGUCCUUCGUGGGGACGUUUGAGUUAAAGCACUUACCUGGAAUUCCUCUGUGGAUCCGGAUUGGCGUGCAUUCAGGCCCCUGUGCAGCUGGAGUGGUUGGAAACAAGAUGCCUCGCUACUGUCUCUUUGGAGACACGGUCAACACGGCGUCACGCAUGGAGUCCACAGGCCUGCCUUUGAGGAUUCACACGAGCCAGUCCACCAUCAACAUCCUGCAGAGGGCAGACUGCAACUUUGAGUUUGAGAGAAGAGGAGAAACUUACCUGAAGGGAAAAGGUAAAGAGGUGACGUACUGGUUAACAGGGGUGACAGGGUCGAAAUACAACCUGCCGACACCACCAACAGCUGAGAACUUCCAGCGGCUGCAGCAGGAUUUGGCAGAGAUGAUCGUUUCCAGUCUGAAGAAGCGUGGAGACGGGAAAGAGGCCUUUGAGGAGAGGAAGACCUUGUCCGCCAAAGUCAGUUGGAGAGACACCCACGGCAGCCUGCAGAAGGAAAGCUCACCGGAGUACUUCCACCUGGCCGUGACUGAAAACCCCAGCACCUACUUGUGAUCGCAGCACACAGAGGCUUAGUGGCAAGGGCUUGAUGAUGAUUGUCAUCGACUGUGUGAGUCACAGGUUGGGUCUGCUUCAGAUGGCGACAGCGGUGGAAAAUGGACCAGGAGCGGUGGCGCUUCUGGGUUUUUACGCGUUUCUGUUCCUCACACAAACCUGAACCACUUAACCAACUGAAGAAUGCGCAGAUUUCACAAUUCAGUUCAAAUAAUUCCUAAACCUUAACAUGUGUUUUCCUCUGAAUGGACUAAGACUCCUGCAUGUCUACUGCUUUGGUUAUAAUGUGUUAGAAGAAGAGCACCAUCUUACAUUGGUGAUCUUCUUAGUCCCUACACCCCCAGCAGGUCCCUGAGGUCCAGUGACCAAAGCCUACUGGUUGUGCAGCACCAGGCUAAAGACCAAAGGUGACAGAUCAUCUGCUGCUGUGGCCCCAGACUCUGGAACUCUCUCCCCCUGAGCCUGAGAUCAGUGGACUCAGUGGUCUCCUUUAAAAAGCAGCUGAAGACUCACUUGUUCAAGCUGGUUUUGGUGUGACCUUCUUCAUCCCCUCUCUCUUUGUUCUGCUCUCCCCACCUAUUCCACCUUCCUCAGGAUCCACUGAUUUCCCUCUUUCCUAUUCACUCUCUCUCUUUCUUCACAUUUUUUAAUCACAAUUGUCUAUUUUUUGCUCAUUUUAAAUAUAUUUGGAAUCAUUUUCUAAAUAAUUUUUAAUAUUUGAAUUUUUUUUUGUUUUUUGUGAAGCACCUCGUGAUUUUUAUCUUGAGAGGCGCUAUAGAAAUGGUAUUUCUUCUUCUUCUAGCUUCUAGCUAUUAGCUUCUAGCUAUUAGCUAUUAGCUUCUAGCUUCUUCUUCUUCUAGCUUCCUGAGAGAGAGAGAGAGAGUGGGACAUUUAGAGUGUUGGUCGAGUUUUAUACACAGCCUGACAGAAAAGGAACUUUUAUUAGCUGAUAAAGUGGCAGUUUCACGUUGUGUUUACUGCAGUUCAUCAAACCUGACUUACUUUCCCCAAACUUUUCCAUAACACAGAGUCCAAAGAAAUCUUUGCUUGUUCCUGCAUGAGGAAACUGUUGUGUAUAUAAAACUAUAAAGACUUUAAUAUGAACCUGGACCAAUCAGAAGAAUGCAUAGUCGUUUUCAUCAGAUAAAGAUGAGUAAAGAUAGAGGAUUGCUUUAUUUAGGUCCACUGUUUUUUUAUGGAGUUCCAUUUUUUUUAGAGAAAAAACAUGGCAGUUCAUUUUUUAAAGUCACAUUUUCACUGUUAUUCAUACAUUUCUAAAUUUUUGUUAGCAGGCUAAAUAUUUAAUUUAUACCUAAAUAUUUAGUUCGUAAAAGAAAUAAUUAGUUUACUAACUGAAUAUUUAAUUUCCAUCCAUCCAUCCAUUUUCAUCCGCUUAUCCGUAGUCGGGUUGCGGGGGCAGAAGCCUAAGGCGAGAGGCCCAGACUUCCUUCUCCCCAGCCACUUGGGCCAGCUCCUCAGGGGGAAUCCCAAGGCGUUCCCUGGCCAGGUGAGAGACAUAGUCCCUCCACCGUGUCCUGGGUCUACCUUUAGGUCUUCUCCCGGUUGGACGUGCCCGGAAAUCCUCACCAGGGAGGCGUCCUGGAGGCAACCUGACCAGAUGCCUGAGCGGGUCUACUCCUCAUUUACAAACUAAAUGUUUAGAUACCAGCUAUGUAUGUAAUUUGGAGAUAAAUAUUUAGUUAGUAAAAUCAAUAUUUAGGUUUAGCCCCAACAUAAAUAUUUAGCUGGGAUCUAAAUAUUUAUGUUAGAAAAUAAAAAUUAAAUUGGUGGCUAAAUUUUAAGUUUGUAAACUAAAUAGAAAUUUAAUAUUUAGCUUUCUAACUAAAUAUUUAUUUGGGAUCUUUAACAUUUAUAAAUGUCUGAAUAACAAUGAAAAUAUGACUUAUUUUUUUCUAAUAAUAGACAAAAUAACCAAAAUAUUGCUGAUAAGAUAUAACUGUUUGACUUUACAAAUGGCACCUCAUAGAUUUUUAUGUGCAAGAUGUCUCCAGGAAACGUUUUAAGUUUGUAAAAACGUAUCUUGUAAGUUUGGGCUGCUGCAGAGACCAAAGUAGCAAAGUCACAUAAAUAGUCUGAGACACAUAUUAGUAAACAUAAAUACAUACGUGUACAGGAAACCGGUAAAGGAAAAUCCAACGUUACUUUCUAAUUUCAUUAGCUGAUUUUCAUUACGUUUCCUAUUUUCUCAGUUUCAAGUUUCAGCGAGCCUUGUGGGUACCAACAGCUGUUUCCACAUCUGUAAAUAUAAAUAUAGCUCAUCAGCAUCUCAUGUUUGUGAUAAUAAUGAAGCAAACAUUUAUUCCAGGAUGGCUUUAUGUUUGCUUUAAAGUGUAUCUAAUAAAUUAGUGAGUCAAAAUAAUGUUUUGAACAUUUUAGGAAUUUUUGUUUUGUGGUUUAUUAAAUAGUUGAAAUAAGA